AUGUCGUUCAACACACCCACCACCGGCCGCGACGGCGCCUCCUUCCUCUCAGACGACGACGACCCCCUCUUCUCCUCCGCGAUCAUGGACACGCACACAGGCCGCCUUAACGCCGCAGCACGCACCCCGACCGCCCGGGGCCGCGCCUUCAGCCUCGACCCGCCGUCCAGCCGCGCAUCCCUCCAGACGCCGUCCAACCCGGCCCCGCUGCGCUCCUCGCUGCGCAGCUCGGCGUAUCGCGGCGUCCCCGGGACGCCGGGCCUCUCGGCCUCGGGGCGGCGGAGUCUGGCGGCCACGCCGCAUGCGCGGGCGGCGUACCGCACGAUCGACCAGCGGCGCGCGGCGGCGCUCACGCCCGGCGGGAAGAAACGAAGGGAAAGCAUCCGCCCGAGAAGGGAGAGCAUGUUUGAUGUGCUGAGGGGUCUUAGUAGGGUGGCGAAACACGAUACGCAGGCGAUCGCGUCGAGUUCGUCGCCGAGCGAGAAUGGGGCGACGGGGCGCGCGACCAGUUUGCCGAUUCGGAACCGGAGUUUUGCGUACGAUGAAGAUGAUGAUGAGGACGACGAGCUGCCGAUUGAUCGGCCGCGGCUGUCGCUGCCGCUGGAUGUGGACGAGGAUGAUGAUGAGGAUUUGGUGCCGCCGCGGCUGAGCGAUGUGAAUGACGAGAAUGCGACGAUCGAGUUCUCGCGACGGGCGUACACGGAGCAGAAUAGCCGGCUGUCGAUGGGGGAUGUGAGGGAGUACCGGGACUACGGGGAUUUGGACGAUGACGAUGAUGGGGGCGGGUUUGAUCCGGGCUUUGUCGAUUUUGACGAGGAUGGGAGGGAGAGGGAGCGCAGUCUUGAGAGGAUCGAGGAGGACGCCACGAGACGGGAGACGCUGAUCCCGGCGCGGGAGAGCGACUUCGGGUUCCAGGUGCCCGUAGACGCGGACCAGACGACGUUCAUGAUGGCCGUCGAGGGGCAGAGCUCGCCGGCGCGGCCGCUGCCCGAGAUCACGGACGAGCAGCCGUCCAUUAACAUCGGCCCGCUGCCCGGCGACCAGCCGCCGCCUGCGUUCGGGGACUUUGAGGACUACGGGCCGGCGUACGAUCUGCGCAGCUCGAGCCCGGAGGAUUACGGACCGCCGGCGCCGGAGGACGGCAUGGAUCUGACUGGCGUGGACGCGGAUGCGACGGAGGAGGAGGGCGGCGAGGCGAGUGUGCAUCUCGAGCAGAGGCGGAAGCAGCUCUCGAAGAAGGGGCUGAAGCUGUCCAGGUAUGGUGUGGAGUACCCCUCUCUGCCGCCUGCGGUGGUGAAGAGGCUAGCGGGGACGUUUGCCAAGUCGAGCGGUAUUACGAAGACGAAGAUCAGCCCGGAGGCGCUGGCGGAGAUUCAGCGGGCGUCGGACUGGUUCUUUGAGCAGCUUGGGGACGACCUCUCUGCGUACGCGAAGCACGCGAAGAGGAAGACGAUUGACGAGAGUGAUAUGCUUACACUCAUGCGAAGGUAUGUUGCCCCUUAG